CUUCGUUGUCUUGUAUUGUACCGUGAGCGGGCGGGAGAGCUCUCGAACUGUCUCUUCUCCGUUCUCUCUUCUCUCCAUCGACCUCGAGCUAGACGACUGCGGCAAUGGCGGCGUCGACGCUGAGGAGGAUCAAGCUGGGGUCGCAGGGCCUCGAGGUGUCCGCGCAGGGGCUGGGCUGCAUGGGCAUGUCCUCUGCCUACGGCCCUCCCAAGCCCGACCCCGACAUGAUCGCACUCAUCCACCACGCCGUCGGCUCCGGCGUCACCUUCCUCGACACCUCCGACAUCUACGGCCCUCACACCAACGAAAUCCUCCUCGGCAAGGCACUGAAGGGAGGGGUGAGACAGAAGGUGGAACUGGCGACCAAGUUCGGGCUCGGCUUCGCCAACGGGAAGUGGGAGGCCCGGGGCGAUCCUUGCGAGGCCAGCCUGAAGCGGCUUGACGUCGAUUGCAUCGACCUCUACUACCAACACCGUAUAGAUACCCGCGUCCCCAUCGAAGUCUCUAUUGGAGAGCUAAAGAAACUCGUUGAAGAGGGUAAAAUCAAGUACGUUGGUUUGUCGGAGGCCUCUGCGUCAACCAUCAGAAGAGCACAUGCUGUUCAUCCCAUCACAGCCGUGCAAUUGGAGUGGUCGCUGUGGUCAAGAGAUGUGGAGGCAGAGAUCGUUCCCACGUGCAGGGAGCUUGGCAUUGGAAUUGUUGCGUACAGUCCUUUAGGACGGGGAUUCUUAUCUGCCGGUUCCAAGUUGUUGGAGAAUCUCUCCAAGGAUGACUUCAGAAGGAAACUACCAAGGUUUCAGCCAGAGAACUUGGCUCACGAUGCGAUGUUAUUUGACCGAGUGAAUGAAAUUGCACAAAGAAAGGGAUGCACCCCAUCACAGUUAGCCCUUGCCUGGGUACACCACCAGGGCGACGACAUCUGCCCUAUUCCCGGCACAACCAAGAUCGAGAAUUUCAAUCAGAACAUUGGAGCUCUGUCAGUGAAGCUUACACCGGAAGAGAUGGCUGAGCUCGAAUCGAUUGCUUCUGCGGACAGUGUGAAGGGUGACAGGUACGAUAGCAGCAUCUCUACAUGGGAAAACUCUUACACUCCGCCCCUUUCUUCAUGGGAAGCUGCUUAGAGACAUGCCUGCUUCUGUCGCGGCAUCUUUGAUAGGUAGAGCUCGAGCAUUUGCUCCCGCAUAAUUUUCCAGCUGUGUGGUGUGGUUGUUAUAAGCAUGUGUACGAAGAGGGUGCUUGUGAUCCUGUAAUAAACUCUGAACUUCAGAGAGUAGCUGUUGUCAUUCUGUUUAAGUGACGUUCGCUUUGAGAAGACUCUAGAUGUGCGAUAAGCUUAUGGGGAAGAUUGCUCAAGAAACACAGGUUGAGCUGAAUUCUAACCGAGCCAACCAUACCAAUUCAUCAAGGUGACUUUCAGAAUCGUGAAACUGGGAUUUUGUGCAAUUCGACUCGUCCAUACAUACUAGAGUGACACUCUAUUCACCUCAGCCAUGAUUUCAUACUUUCAAGAUUUAAUCUUUGCACAAUUCUCUCUA